AGUGGAGUCUCCUUAUCCUACUCAAACUCCCUUAGUUAAUUCAACUAAACUAUUAUAUAUAAAGACGAGAAAUUAAGGGGUGCAGUGCAGAAGAAGAAUUAUAAGAAUGGGAAUGGCGGCGAGAGCGGAAUCGAAAGGGCGGAGGAGAGGACGUCCCAACUCCAAGGAAACUUUUUCCAGUAAUGGUGCAGAGUUCUUCAAAGUCUUCCUCCCUAAUGUCACUUCUCACCAUCUUAUGAUACCGCCCGAUUUUGUGAAGAAGUGCCAUAGAAUAAUAAAAGAAAGGGUCACACUGAAAGAUACAAAUGGUAAAAAGUGGCACGUUGAUGUGGAGAAAACUCCAAAGGGAUCAGUUUUCCUCAAGAAUGGAUGGCAAAGCUUUGUGGCCCAUCAUUGCUUGACCCCCGGCGACUUCUUGCUCUUUCACUACGACGGACACUACUCUUUCAUUGUCAAGAUUUUCGGUACUAAUGGAUGCAAAAAGGAACCUCCUCCUACUACUACACAUGUCAAAAUUGAACCAGAGAUUUAGGUCAAGCUUGCCUUAGUAGAUAGCAUUGUGUUUUUCUUUCCUAUGUUAUGUGUAAAUACUAAUAUUAUUUUCUCGCAGUUUUUCAAGGUUAAAUGCAACAAACCCCUGUAAAAUACAUUACACAACAAGUAUAAUAUGAGCAACAUUGAUAUCGAAUAAUAAUUUUAAACUUAUCGUUAAAAAUUUAUAUUAAACUUUUGUGAAAUACCCAUAUCUCCUGCACAGCAGAAAUGAGGUAGAAAUAGGAAAUCCUGAUAGUAGUAAACAAACGACCUCUCUAAAUAUGUUCCAAUUUAGUAAUUGGUAAAUCCACCAACAGGUAUGUGACAAGAUUUGAUAUGGCUGAUGAUGAUACAUUUAACUUACACAAAAGACGUGACAAUUUUUGCAGAACAUUUCUACAUCAAGCUCCUAGAUACGGAAGACAAACAGGGCCGGUAGUAGGUAGCAUCUAGGACAUGGGAACACGUAAUCGGCUAAGAAAUUUACACAAAGUUCACAAGAUGAAACAACUCCUAGAGGA